GUGCGAUGAACUGUCUGGUGGAGAUUUACAGACACGUCGGGGAGAGAGUGAGGGUGGAUCUGGGGAAGAAGGGGCUGCCGCAGUCACGCUUGAAUGUGAUUUUCAGAAGGUUUGAUGAAGUGCAGAGGUCUGGGAACAUGACGCUGUCCUCAGAUAAGAGCGUGGAUGAUGACGAUUCGGUGGAUGGAGGUCGUUCCUCGUCGUCCUCUAAAGGAGCGUCAUCGGUGCGUCGGACAGGAUCCAUGCGCAGACCGAGCUCAGCGUCCAGCUCCAAGAGCUCAGGUAAGGAGAGCUCUGGAGCUGGAGCUGUUGACGAGGAAGACUUUAUUCGUGCCUUUGAAGAUGUGCCCUCUGUACAGAUUUACUCACCUCGAGAGCUCGAGGACUCCAUGAACAAGAUCCGAGAAAUUCUGUCCGAUGACAAACAUGAUUGGGAACAGCGAGUAGCUGCAUUAAAAAAGGUUCGUUCUCUGAUGUUGGCCGGCGCGAGCGACUACGAUGGUUUUUCGCAGCAGUUACGGCAGCUGGAGGGGCCGCUCAAACUCUCGGCUAAAGAUCUGCGCUCUCAGGUGGUGCGCGAGGCCUGUAUCACACUCGGACACCUGUCGUCUGUGUUGGGUAAUAGAUUUGAUCACGGAGCUGAGAACAUCAUGCCAACCUUACUGAACCUCGUCCCAAACAGCGCUAAAGUUAUGGCCACAUCCGGAAUGGCAGCAAUUCGUCUCAUUAUACGGCACACUCACUAUCCACGUCUGAUUCCUAUCAUGACCAGCAACUGCACUUCCAAAUCAGUGGCCGUCAGACGACGCUGUUAUGAGUUUUUAGACCUUCUGCUUCAGGAGUGGCAGACUAAUUCUCUCGAGAGGCACGUCGCUGUCCUGAUAGAAACCAUUAAGAAAGGAGUUCACGAUGCCGACUCUGAGGCCAGAUCAGUCGCUAGGAAAUGUUACUGGGGUUUCCACGCCCACUUCAGUAAGGAGGCGGAGCAUCUGUUUCAGGUGCUGGAACUGACCUAUCAGAAAGCGCUGCAGUCUCACCUGAAGAGCUCGGACAGCAUCAUGUCUCUGCCGCAGUCCGACCGCUCGUCCUCCAGCUCGCAGGAGAGCCUCAAUCGGCCGCUGUCUGUUAAAACACCUGUCGGGAGCAACUUGAGCAAAACUAAAGGGGUGAGUUCUCGUGCAUCCUCUUCGUCCGGCUCUCUCCAGCGAUCGCGCAGUGAUGUGGACGUUAACGCCGUGGCUAGUGCCAAAAACAGAAUGCCAGCCGUUGCUGCUACUGCCCCCUUCAGCUCAGCAGCGGCACUGCCGCCUGGUUCCUACGCCUCUCUGGAUGCGGCUGGUAAUGUGGAGGGUCGUGUGCGAACCAGACGACAGAGUUCAGAGACGGCAGUUGGGGGCGGAGCUUCUGUGACUGACAGUAGGGGGCGGAGCCGAGCCAAAGCUGUGUCCCAAUCACAGCGAUCCAGAUCAGCUAAUCCGGUGGGGGGUAAAACUCAUGCGGGCAGCCGCUCUAGUUCACCUGGGAAGCUCUUGGCUCGCUCUUCCAUGAGAAUCCCUCGAUCCGCCGGAUCCUCUGGAGCGCCGUCGGACAAACGCUGUAAGAUCCCCCGCAGUCAAGGCUGCAGCCGAGAGACGAGCCCCAGCCGCGCGCGAGACGUGCGGGCCAGUCGUAUCCCGCGGCCCAGCAUGAGUCAGGGCUGUAGUCGUGACACCAGUCGGGAGAGCAGCAGAGACACCAGUCCAGCUCGAGGGUUCAGUCCGCUGGCAUCCCACAGAUACUCUCGCUCCACCAGUGCGCUGAUGGCUGGCGAUGUCCUGCAGACAGAUCGCUUCGGACUCAUCCAUCAGGAUGCGGAUCUUGAACACGGGCACACGAGGUGGAGGCGGCCGUGGCAGACGCUCUG